UCAGUGAGUUCCUGGGUAGAACUUCCCGCUUCCGGCAGGUCGGGUGAUGGAGGGAGAAAGUGCUUCAUCUCUGCGGGUACCCCCUGAGCUGGGGGAAGAUGAUGCUCCCGGGAGUGACAGCGACACUGAAGGGGAGGACAUAUUUACGGGGGCAAGAAGUGAAGUAAUUGUGCCACAACCUAAGAAAGAGUCUCCCACAGAGCCCACCAGAGAAAAUGGCCUUAAUCUGGAAGAAGAUGACCAGGACCUUUUUGCAGAAUCCACGGUCAAGUUAUCUGUGGAGAGUUCUCACAACAGCCAAAAUGAGGCGCUUCGAAAGGUACCACUGACCACGCCCAUGCUUAUUGCAGCUGCCAGUGCCUCUGUUACCCCCAAGCAAAAGACUUAUGAGGAGCUUGAAGAGGAAGAGCAGGAGGACCAGUUUGAGCUGAACACCAGUGUGACAGAUCCUGAGAAAAUUGGAGAUGGCAUGAAUGCAUACAUGGCCUACCAAGUAACAACUCAGACCAGUUUGCCAAUGUUCAGAAGCAAGCAUUUCACUGUGAAAAGAAGGUUUAGUGAUUUUCUUGGUCUGUAUGAGAAGCUGUCUGAAAAGCAUUCAGUGAAUGGGUUUAUUGUGCCUCCACCUCCAGAAAAAAGCCUCCUAGGUAUGACUAAAGUAAAGGUGGGAAAAGAGGAUUCGUCUUCAACAGAGUUUUUGGAAAGGAGACGAGCAGCCUUGGAAAGGUACCUCCAGCGAAUCGUCAGCCACCCAUCGCUGCUACAAGACCCAGAUGUCCGGGAGUUUUUAGAGAAAGAAGAGCUCCCACGUGCAGUCAGCACACAAACACUGAGUGGAGCAGGUCUCCUUAAAAUGUUUAACAGAGCCACUGAUGCCGUCAACAAAAUGACAAUCAAGAUGAAUGAAUCUGACAUUUGGUUUGAGGAGAAAUAUCAAGAUGUUGAAUGUGAGGAGAUGCAUCUGCGUAAGCUUCACACAGUGGUGGAGGCCCUGGUUAAUCACAGGAAAGAGCUUGCUGUGAACACUGCUCAAUUUGCCAAGAGUCUGGCCAUGCUGGGGAGCUCUGAGGACAACACCGCUCUUUCCCGGGCACUAUCUCAGCUAGCAGAGGUGGAGGAAAAGAUAGAGCAACUACACCAAGAGCAGGCCAACAGUGACUUCUUCCUACUAGCCGAACUGCUAGCCGAUUACAUCCGUCUGCUUUCCGCUGUCAGGGGUGCGUUUGACCAGCGUAUGAAGACUUGGCAGCGCUGGCAGGAUGCCCAGGCUAUACUUCAGAAGAAGAGAGAGAACGAGGCACGGCUGAUUUGGGCCAACAAACCAGACAAAUUACAGCAAGCAAAAGAUGAAAUUGCAGAGUGGGAAUCACGGGUCACGCAAUAUGAGAGGGACUUUGAGCGAAUUUCUGUUACAGUGAGAAAAGAGGUCACAAGGUUUGAGAAAGAAAAAUCCAAGGAUUUUAAAAGUCACAUAGUUAAAUAUCUGGAAACACUCUUGAACGCACAGCACAAACUGGUUAAAUAUUGGGAAGCAUUUUUACCUGAAGCAAAAGUUAUCUCCUAACUGACAAGUGGUCCGAUUUCUCUUCUGCCAUUUUAAAAAUAAAAUAAUAUACCUAUUGCCUUUUAGAGAACAUUGUCACUAUCACAUUUUCUUCCAGAACCACGUGGUGCUCGGACUAUUUCACUGCACUCUGUUGCAGGCACUUUCAGCACUGAAGUGAUUCCGCUCCAAAAUAUGAACGCAGGCACGGCUGCCUCUGUAUAGACAAACUGUAUGUACCCUUUACAAGAGCAGCCGCACACGCUUGUUUUCCAGGUGUCCUCAUUACUUUCUUAAUACGUCACAACAUUUCUAAUCUGUAUGGUUUACAAGGUUUAACACCUGCAUUAAGUGUUAUCACCUUCAAGCCACACACGCAUCUGUUUCUGUGUAUAUUAUUCAUUUAAGUUCCACAUAUAUUUUCUUAUUAAUGCUUCUUAUUAAUAAUUUAGAGAUUUCAGCAAAAAAAAGAAAAGAAAAAAAAUAGCAACAGAUGUUUUUUUUUGUUUUUUUUGGUGGGGUUAUUAAUAUAAAUAUCUAUAUAAUGUAUAUUUUUGGGGCUGUGAUACAGAGAAUGGAGACUUUCUAUUCUGAAUAAAAAUAUACAAAUAAAGUGUUAUAAAAUGUUA